AUGAGUCGUUACGUAUCAAAGCUGGUCGACAGUCUAUCGGACGACUCCAUGGGUAUGGGUGGCAUGGGAAUGGGACCGACAAAGGGGACGACGAACAAUGUGAAUUACAACAACGACAGCAACCAACGUUUCGUCUUACGACCAUGUCCCGCAGACCCCAACUUGACCCUCAUCCACCCGAGAGGGUACCCCGUCGACGCUCCUCCUUUGUACACGGUCAUGAUCUCGAGCGACAAGGUGUCCCUGUACCGGGGUUACAUCAACCCGGCCGGCCUCAUCGGCACGACCUCCACGUCGUCCGUGUCCCACUCGGCCGCGCUGACAGUGCACAACCAAAAGAUCCCCAUGAAGAUGAACCAACUCUCCCUCAGUUUCAGUUUCCAGUGGCCCCCGGCGGGGACGUUGAAGUGGAAGGCGGACCAGUUGACGGGGUCUUCGUUGGAACUUUCCGACGGGUCGGGGAGGAAACUGGCCAAACUGAAAUCAUCCUCGGGUAUGAUGGGGUCGGGCGAGAAGGGGUUCGAGAUCAACGUGGCCUGCGACGAACAGUUUUUGAACCUCAUCAUCCUUUCCGGACUGGCGGCCAAGGUGGGAACGAAAAAGAACAACGAAGCAGCGUCGGAAGUCAUACAGGCAAUCGUGGGGUCUUGA